AUCUCUUUCAAAUUAUGCUGUUUCUUAUCUUAUGAAUCAUAAAUAUGCCCUCCAAUCCACACCACAUAUAUUAUUACAUAACUCAAUAAUAUCACAACUUGAUAUAUAUACGAUAUACUAUGAUGAAACUGCAUAACCAUUCUAGAAAAAACCAAUUUUGUCGAAAUGAAUCACUCCUCCCGCUCUAAAUCAUCCAAUUCCUUCGCCACAGAUGCCCCCUCAUUGGAGUACGAAGUGGCGGAGCUAGCAUGGGAGAACGGGCAGCUGGCCAUGUACGGCCUGGGCGCGCCGCGCGCUCUCAACAACAAGGGCGCCGGCGCCGACACGCUAGAGUCCAUAGUAGACCAAGCCACCUUCAGCCUCCCCCACGCCAAAUCUGCCGCCUUGGUUCCUUGGCUCGACCACGGCGCCGGCGCCGCCGCCGCGAGCAUGGACGCCCUGGUGCCGUGCAACAACGAAAAGCAUGAGAACACGGUGGGAUCGUGCAGCGGCUUGGCACGUGCGAGUUACACGAGCGACGGGAGAGACAGCCUGCUUGAUUCUUGCGACAGAGAAUUCGCAGCCUCCCUAUGGUCGCCGGAAAACACCAGCUCCGGCGAAGAUUGCACCAAGACCUCUGCCGAGGACCACGAAACCGUUUGCUACGGCGGAUCACAGAGGCAGGCAGGGAAAAAAAGCAACAGAAAAUUGGGAAUUGGAAAAUCAUCAAUUAUUUCAGCUAAAGUUAGGGCAGCUGCCAUCCAUAACCAGUCUGAGAGAAGAAGAAGGGACAAAAUUAAUGAAAGAAUGAAGACAUUGCAGAAGUUGGUCCCCAAUUCCAGCAAGACGGAUAAGGCGUCAAUGUUGGAUGAAGUAAUAGAUUACAUGAAACAAUUGCAAGCACAAGUGCAGAUGAUGAGUAGGAUGAGUAUGCCAUCCAUGAAUAUGAUGAUGCCAUUGUCCAUGCAACAACACCUUCAGAUGUCUAUGAUGACUCCAACCAUGGCCAUGCCUAUGCCCAUGGGAGUCAUGGACAUCGGUCGCGCCACUGGAAUGUUGCCCAUGAUGCCCUCGUCCACUGGAUUCAUGCCAUGGGACAUCCAGCCUCCACCGCCCACGCCCGACUUUUUAUCCAACUUCUUUGCCACUCAACCGCAACCAAUGACGGUCGAUGGCUACACCAGAUUGGCAGCUAUGUAUCAGCAGUUGCAACAAACGUCUGCGAUGACUGCCUCAAAAAAAUGAUUUCAAAAAUAUGUAAAAUAGUGGAGUUGUAAUAAUUAUGAAUGUAACUCUUUUUUUUUUUGGCUUGUUUUAUAUUAUUGAAAACGUGUUUGUUCUACGUCCAUUUGAUAAGGGUUGUUGA